GCGGCUUGGAGGCCAUGCGCGCUUCCGUGCGCGUUCGCGGAGGCCACGAUGGGCGAUGGCUACUGACUUUUGGGUCAGCUCGCACAAUACCAGGUGGAAUGUGGACAGGGCUGCGCUCAGGCAGGCGCGUGCCGAGGACAUCCACUAUGUCGACCACCCUGAGCACCUCGACUUCCUCGCCCUCUUCUUUGCUGGUCUCAUCGCAAGGCUAGGCAAGAAGCUAUCCCUCAGACAGCGGGUGAUCGCGACCGCGACCGUCUUCUUCCGCCGCUUCUACCUCAAGAACUCGUACUGCGACACCGACCCGUUCAUUGUCAUCGCCGCGUGCUGCUACGUCGCUGCGAAGGCGGAGGAGUCGCCCGUGCACAUCAAGAACGUCGUCUCCGAGGCCCGCGGCCUCUUCAGCAAGUAUGGCAUAAAGACGUUCCCCUCGGACAACUCCAAGCUGGCGGAGAUGGAGUUCUACCUCGUCGAUGACCUGGAAUGCGACCUCACCGUCUUCCACCCGUACCGCACCCUCAUGACCCUGUGCUGGAAGGAGGGCAGUGACAGCAUCAGCGAUGCCGAGGCGGGCGAGCUGGGUGCGGGCAUCGACAACGGGCAGCGGUACUGGGGCACAGGCGAGGGCAGGCUCGAGAUGCACGAGGGUGCCCUGCAGAUGGCAUGGUUCAUCAUCAACGACACGUACCGCUCUGAGCUCUGUCUCAUCUACCCACCGCAUCUCAUCGCUGUCACCGCGAUCUACAUGGCCUGCGCCAUCCACCAAGAGACGCGCGGCGACGUCGAGAAGCAGUCCCAGCUGCCGCACGCUUUUGGCGGCGCACAGGGCGGCAUGGGUACGACGCGGCGCUCGUCCCGGACUACGACGAGCCCGCUCAAGCGGGCGCAGCCCCAAGAUAUCGUCGGCUUCCUCGCGGGCCUCAACGUCAACAUGGCCCUCGUCGCAACCAUCGCGCAGGAGAUCGUCGCGCUGUACGCGCUCUGGGACCGCUGGAAGGAGGACGGCACUGUGGACUCGGCGCGUGCGAGCUUGAAGCGCAGCGCGAGCGGCGCCAUCAUGGGUGCGACGCCGAUGGGCAACAGCCCCAUUGGCACGCCGGCCACUGGGGACCACGGGCACGGAGACCAACAUCCUGAGAUUGUCACCCCGGCCUUUCUCAUCCAGCUGCUGUGGAGGAUGAGAGAGGCACGGUUGGCGGAUCUGAGUGCUCAUCCGACCCCUGGCAGGCCGGUGGUGGUCAAUAAGAUGCUGGAACGGGCGCAGGCAGCAGGGUAACCUCGUUAUUUCUUGUGAUACAUGUUUUGAACGCUGUAGAUGGGGCCGAUAGGACAAUUCAUAACUUAGCAGCGUUGGGCAGCUGGCCUCGGCGAUCUC